AUCAUUUUUUGUUUUUAAGAAAUUGUUGUUUAGCCGAGUGUAGAAUUUGUAUUAAAAAAAUAUUUAUUAAUUUCCACGAGAAACCACCUAUCAAAUACAUACUUGAAAAGGCAAAUUCUGAUUGUAUAAAGUAAGGAAAGAUGUUUUACAUACUUGUUAAUUCAAUUUUCCCGCAAUAGAAUAGGUCAAAUGACCAGUCUGCAUCAUUUUUUUACCUAUCGAGAGUGGCAGGUGUAAGGUCAUGAACCUUAUUCUAUGCACUCGUUCUAUUCUUAUUUGAUUUUCAAUGAAAGGUCGUACUGCAGUAUAUUUUACGUGAAGAAAAAAUCUAAACUGGCUCCAUAUUGUCUGAAACAUGAGAUUUUCGUAGCGUAAAAUACCAAAUACCUACUCGGAUGUUUUUGAAAAGCUAACAAUACUAUGGAUAUGGAGCAGACCAUCAAAACAGAAAUGUUGGGUGAUAAAAAUAGAAGUAAUUCAAAUAACAUGUGUUUAACAGUGGAAUUAUGUGUGGUUUGUGGUGACAGGGCAUCAGGUAGGCACUAUGGGGCCAUUUCUUGCGAGGGAUGCAAAGGUUUUUUCAAAAGGUCAAUUCGUAAACAACUUGGCUAUCAAUGUCGAGGUAGUCAAAACUGCGAGGUUACCAAACAUCAUAGAAAUAGGUGUCAGUAUUGCAGGCUACAGAAAUGCCUGGCUUGUGGCAUGAGAAGUGAUUCUGUUCAACACGAAAGAAAACCGAUUAUUGAUAAAAAAGAGUUUUCCAACAAUUCAGAAAUUAAGUUCAGCCAAAAUGCAGUCAAUGCUGUUAACAAAAUAUUUAUACGAAAAGACUUAAACAAUGAAUAUGGACUUCUUCCUCCUUUCUAUCCCAACGAUUUAGGUCUCCAGUUUCUUAAUAAACGUGUUGCAAAUAGUACAACUGCUCCAGAAUCUUUUCAUCUCUCCCCCAGUCAAGCAAGUGUUGAAGAUGAUGUUUCUAUGGACAGCACCAAUACUGGUACUGAACUUAGUGAUGCACUAUCUAGUGCUAGGGAUAAACAACUUAUCUCAAAAGCUCUAGAUACUAUGGCUAGAGUACAAUGUUUAAAUGGAACAGAUUUAAAUGCUCUGUCAAGUGAUGAAAAAUGUAUAAAUUAUAAUGGACCCAUUCUUCAAGAGCAGAAUAUGGCAUUUAAUUUGCUAAUUCCAGGACCUGUACCUCCUUAUCUUAAUAUUCAUUACAUUUGUGAGAGUGGCUCUCGACUCCUCUUUUUAUCUGUUCAUUGGGCCAAGAAUAUUUCAGCAUUUCAGUUUCUGAGUUCUGAAACUCAGAUUUCGCUUCUAAAAAACUGCUGGUCAGAACUGUUCACACUAGGCCUAGCUCAAUGUUCGCAAUCAUUGUCUUUGUCAACUAUUCUAUCAGCCCUAAUCAGCCAUUUACAUGCUUCUAUUGCGCAGGAUAAAAUGUCUGCAAUCAAAGUUCAACAAGUCACAGAUCACAUAGUAAAAUUGCAGGACUUUGUGACUAGUAUGAACAGGUUACAUGUAAAUGAACAGGAAUAUGCCUAUUUGAAGGCUAUAACUUUAUUUUCUGCUGAUCAGCCUGAUAUUUUGUUGAGAAAGUCCAUUGAAAAGUUGCAAGAAAAGUCUUUUCAAGGAUUAAGGACAUACCUAGGAAAUAGUGCUCCUGAUGACCAUGACAGGUUUCCAAGAUUACUACUGUGUUUGCCUCCAUUAAGGGCUAUUGAGUCUGGAAUCCUAGAGGAAUUAUUUUUUGCUGGUUUAAUUGGACAAGUACAAAUCGACAGCGUGAUUCCAUACAUAUUGAGAAUGGGAAACACAAUGUCUUCCUCCAAUAGCAGUAGACACGUAAAAGCUGAACAUUUAGAUGAAUUUUUGUGUAAAUAAAUAUAAAACAUUUUUGUGUUUUCUGUAUAAAUUGAAAUGUUUCUAAUGCAAUUUUUAUAUUCCUUACAUUUGAAAUUAUAUUUAUAUGUGAAGAUCAUUUUCUAGGAUAUAUAUUUUUCAGUACUUAUUAUGUAAGCGGUGCAAUUUUUAUUUUCUUUGUGCAAUUUUGUUGUCGAAAUAUGACAACUGAUCGAAGUCGAAAGUUUUUCUCAUUUCAGUAAUAAUAAUUAGAAUUAUUACUUUCUGGUGUGUCUUUGUCGAAUUACAAUCUAUAUUGUUUUGUUUCAUAUUUGAAGGAGAUAUAUUCUAAUCCUUGGAUAUUGAUGCCGGAUGUUGUAAUAGUAGCAUUUUUCCAAAUGAACACUUAUUCACUGACCAAAACAUUUUUCUUCGUUUUUUUUUCUUGUUUUCUUACUUUUAUACUCUUACUAAUACGAGCCCUACCAACUAUAUGUUGGGAUCCAGUAUAGUUUUACUUAUAUUGACAUUAUUUUUACCAUACAAACAUUUAAAAACCUUUGUUUAUAUUUUCAAAAAGAUUUCUUUAUUACAGCAUUCUUUACUGUUAAAGGGCCCUCAGUUUCCUUAUGGCAAAUGCUUUUUGAUCGAAUCUUCUGAAUAUUAUAUAUGUUGCAGUUUUUGACCUCUUAAUUAAAAGUUUCUGUGGGCACAUAGUUCUCCUAUGGCUAGUUUUUGAUAUAUGUGUUUGUGUGAAUUCUCAUAAUUUUCAAAAAUACUUUUAAGACGUAAACAUUGUUAUUUUGCCGACAUUGGGGAACUUUGUGCCAUUUAAUUGGGAGGUCAAAAACUGCAACAUAUAAUAUUCGGGAGAUUUGACCGAAAGCCAUUAGCCAUAAGGAAACUGCGGGGUCAUCUGAUUAAAAAAAUUAAAAACUAAAAUUUAUUUUUAUAGGAAACACCCCUAUUAAAUUCCAAUGGUACAAUCACCUCAAUUUUUUUCUCAUAUACCCAUAAAUUACGUACAUAAGAGACUGAAUUUUAUAUACAAAUUCUAAAAUAGUAAGAACGUUUUAACACCUAACAACUUCCUUCAGAUUCCCCGUCACUAACCAGGAUUCAAGCGUGAAGGCGCUAUCUUUAUCACCAUAAUCAUUCAUAUCCGAUAGGGGAAACUCCUCCACAUCUAGAUGGUUUUGUUAAAUCAGGUGAUUUUUUUAAUUUUCAUAAUUACAGUUUCUGAUUCGGUCAAAAAAAGACGAACUUUUCCGGCCUUGGUACACAAAUAACUAUUUUUAUACAUUAGCCAAAGAAAAAUGGAAUUAUAAUUUACAAUACUGUCUCCCGAAAUAUGUCAUAUUUUUACUUCUAGUCUAAUCUAGAUGCAAGAUAUUUUCAAAUAAAAGAUAUGAUAUAGCUAUUUCCAAAAAGAGCUAUUGGCUUUUCGAUUUAUUUUUAGUAGUAGUGACUAUGUUUGAAGUAUUAUUUAGGGUAUAGUUUUCUGAUUUAAAAUGAUUUACGUGUUUUAACUGAAUAAUUUACUAAGGCACUUAGAUACUUAUUUAAAUACGAAAUUUACUAAACAAAUCUACUUAUUACAUACACUGUGUGGACAGUUAGAUGUAUAGGGUGUCAAAAUCUUAUAAAAAGGCAUAUUUUUCAACAAAUUUGUUUUAAUAUGUAACUUAAGUUAUUAAAUUAAACUUAAUAACGAAUAUAAUUGUAUAAAUAAAGUUAAUUUUCUUUGUGAAAAUAAAUAUAACAUGAAUCAUUGGGGACCAUAUUUUUAAAUAACCAAAAUGUUACUAUAGUAAUUGUAAGAACAUUUACACUCAAAUUUAUAAAAAUUAUACUUAAAUAGCAGUUUUUUCGAUAGUUUUAUUAUAUAAAUUUUUUUGGAUCCUAUUCCCCUCAAUUUAAUGUUUUUUGAUAGAUGUGAGAGUGACUAAAAUUCAAUAAAAAUUCAAUAAAAACCUAUAGUGACAAAUAUUUUGACAACCGAUUGCAAUAAUUUUCUUUAAAAUUUACAAGCCUUUAAGUAAUUUGUUAUCACAUUGUCAAGCCCAAUAAAAAUUUAAUAGGAUCAUAAAUUUUAAUGAAUAUUUUUUGCACCGGCUGUAGGUAAUCCCAUAUUUCAGAAAAAUCGUAUUUUAACGAUUUUCAAAGUGACAAAAGAAAGAAGAAAUACAAUUCAAUUAAGGGAUAAUCUUUAACAUAUUUAAUAAAACAAUUCGGCUCCAGUCUCGUUUAGAGGAAAUCUUUCGAAAAACUAAGUAUAUUGGAAUAAUCUAAACUAUCCUAAUUGUACUUUGCGGAAAUGUAUUUCUAAGAGAAAAUUGGCAUUAAAAUAUACAUUUACUUUAGUUUUUAAUGUUUUAUUACAAAAGUAGCUACAUAGUGUAAUGCUAAUAAAGGACAGCGAUCUAAGUGAAAGUUUAUGGAAAAUAGAUUUUAUAAUGAAAUUUUUAACAUACUUAUAUUCUUAUUUUUCAUUCAAUACCUUUCUUUACAAAUAAAUAAUUGAGUAACCAUUUUUUUAACAAAAUAAAAUGAACUCUUUUCUUAACAUAAUAAUAUAUUAAAAUACUAAAAAAUAUUAUCUUCUAAAAUUACCAUAUUCUAAUAAAAUUUAUAUUGUUCAUCGGAUUUAAAUUAUUUUUCAUACAAUGACGCCUCCAAGAAUGAAAUAACUAAUUUGAAAAUUGUUCUUUUGGUUACUUUCUCGCUAUUCAAGAUUGUCAAGAAUAAAUCAUUAUAAAAACUAAUUUUCAACUAGAUAUAUAAUGCUUGGCAUUUUAUAUUAUACUCUUCACAGUUUAACAGAUCCCCUUAACCUUCUAUUUUUAAUCAUUUUUCAAAAUCAAUCGGCUUCAUCCCCUUGUAGAGCUUGAUUUUUCCUGAAGAUUUCAAGAUGAUAUCGUUUUUUGUUUUGGAGUUAGGAUUUUUUUAUUAUUUCAUCCCCCCUUAACCCCCCAUUUUGGGUAAGAUUUUUUUCAGAAUCCUAUUUUGAUUUUUUUCAAAAUCAAUAGACUUUAUCCCCUUAAAGAGCUUGAUUUUGUCUAAAAUUUCAAGUUUAUAUUAUUUUUCGUUUUGGAGUUUUUUUAUUAAUAUUAUAACCCACCCCUUAAUCCCACAUUUUUAUUCAGAUUUUUUCAAAAUCAAUAGGCUUUGCCCCCUUAUAGCUUGAUUUUUCUGAAACUUUCAAGUAUAAUUUUUCGUUUUUGACUUAUCGUGUUGACAAAAAAACGUGACAUCGGACGAACAUUUUUAAAAGUUUAUUAUUAUUUUACGAUUUUGAUAUAAGAUUGGUAUAUAACCUGUUAAAUACCCUGUGUAACCCUAUACUAGUUGGUAUUAAAAUGGGAAAAACGAGGGUAAUUCAAAUAUAAAAUACAGGGUGAUCCGUUUGAAAAAACAAGUUUAUUCCAGAUUGACACCCUAUAUAAUCGAAAAUAAUUUUAAAAUAUGUAGUUUAACGCUGCCUACCAUUCUGUAAAUAUAUUUUUUAUAUCUAUAAUAGUGGCGGAUAUGGAUUCACACUAAUGGAUUACCCUGUAUAGUGAGGUGCCAAAAUCUAUUAAAGGUACAUACCCAUAAUUUUCUGAUUAGUUAAUAUUCAAGUUUAUAUAAAUUCUUUCGGAGUGUCCAAAUAAAUUACCCCUAUGAAAUAAUUAUUUUUGAACCCUUAAAAGGGAAAACAGACAGAAUUUUAAUUAUAUAUUUUAAAAUUUAAUUUUUUGUUAAUAUUUUUUAUCUUCGGUUUAGUAAAAAUAUAUCGAACUUGUCAUUUUUUAAACUUUAAUGGUCAAAAUUAUAAAAAAAUUAGCUAAACAGAUAAUACCCAAAUUUACUUUAUACUUUUCUAGGGAGUGGCUUCAAUCAACCCCUUGUUUCUACUCUAAUUUUUUACAGUUUUAACUAAUAAAUGUAGCCCAAAAAAAUGCAAGUUUGAUAUAAUACUGAAUUAAUAGUGAAGGGUGAAUAAUUGUAUCAUGUUACAAAAAAAUAAGGGGUGCAAUAUUUGGUUUGACAAGGGGUUGAUUUGAUUUCACCCUGUAAAAUACUGUUUCAUCUCUUAUACCUACCUAUUAUUUGUUAUUGGCAAAUAUCUAACUUAUAAAUAUUAGCUGGCCAGAAACAUGUAUUUAUGAUAUAGUUAAGUAUGGAAUUGUCUCUUUAAUUUUUUUAUUGUGAAAUGUGGGGUGGUUCUGGAUUUUUGAUACCUACCUAAAUAUGCUACUUUAUUUAUGUACACUUGUGUUUAAUAUUUAUUUUUAGUGCUGCUCUAAUGGACAUUUUAUUCACUAUGUGAUAUAUGCAAAAGGUGAUGUGCCUUUAAAUUCAAUAUAUUUUAUACAAUAUUGUAUAUUUGUAUUACUCUGGAACAUUAAAAAAGUAUUUUUUCGAACUGCAAUACAUAUUUUCUACCGA